AUGGAGUUCCAGCAGAAUGAUGUCGAUGUUAUUCCUCCGUUGAGUUUUGGAUUACGAUGGUACAACGAAGGGUCCCUCACACAUCGUCGGUUUCUCUCGUCCACUCUCUACUACGACAUCUGCACGCAGACCUCCGUCUCCGCCACUAAAGCCCUAGAACUGAACGAUUUGUUCGCUGCAUUCGUCGUUCUAAUAACUGGGAUUGUGUCUUCUGUUUGGAAUCCGUACUCCAUCCUGCGUAAAGACCAAAACAACGUAACCUACCUGGACGGCAUAGCGAGAGAUGUUUAUGAGACAAUGGAACGAUCGAUGAAUUUUAAGUACGAAUUGAAGAUGCAACCUGAUCUGGUAUUUGGCUCAGUAGGACCAAACGAAACGUGGUCGGGAAUGAUUGGAUCAAUGCUUGCUAAAGAAACGGAUAUAUCCGGACCCUAUUUCAUCACCACUCAGAGGGCAUCGGUUGUUGACUUCAGCCAGGCUUUUUUAUUCUCAGAGCAGGGCAUAGUGUCGGGUCUCGUACCCGCCUCCAAAGAUCCUUUGGUUUGGUUGUGGACAAUUUUUGCCAUAAUGAUAGCUACGUGCACAGCCUUCGCAAUUUAUGCGUUGCAUUCAAAACAGAAAACAAAGAGAGUAGCAGCAUUCUUUAAGUUCUUUUGGCUGUUUUAUGGUACAUUGCUUGGAAAAGACAUCGGAAGCACGAACGGAUGGGUUCUGCGAAAUGUGUUAACCGCCGCCAGUUUCAGAUUUCUGAUCGCAGUCUGGAUGCUAGGACCUGUCCUCGUUUUGAUGUACACUUACCAAGGGGCCAUCACGUCCACUUUUGCAUCGAACAGAAUGAAGCCCCGAAUAGACAACAUGAUGCAGCUCUUCAAGGACACAGAUGUCGAAUUAUGCACUUUGCGGAAGUCCUACCCAGCGGACUGCUUAAAGAAACUGAUUGGUACCGAAUACGAGUCGCUGUGGCACCGAGCAAAAAAAAAUCUGAAGCCACCGCCGACCGAAACCUAUCCCCCCUGGCUGGAUGAAGUGGAGGAUGGGAAAUGCGUCUUCGUGGCAGAAACGCUCUUCAUGAAGUCCAUCGUGGGACAGAGGUUCAAAGAGACCGGGAAAUGCGCUCUUCGGGUCACGCCGACGGAUUUCUGCACGGCCUACAUAGCGUUCGCAUUCAGGAGGAAUUUUGCUGCUGAGACUUUUAGAAAGUUUGACCAGAGGUUACUUUGGUACAACGAAGGUCGCUUAGAAAGGCGUGAACUAUUGGAAUCGCUUGCGGAUUACGACGUUUGCGCAAGACAAGCUCCCUCUGCAACUAGAGCACUUAAGUUCGGUGACCUGAGUGGGGCGUUUCUUGUGCUCGGUGUCGGAGCAGCAACAGCUACUAUCACAUUGUUGCUAGAAAUAAUGGUGUUCAGAUCUUUCGGAAGAAAAAAUAAAAUACAUACUAAUAAUCAAUAA